UAAACACAGGCAGUCACUCUCAGUCAGGUUUGGGCAGUGGUUUGUGUGGUGAUAGGCAUCUACCUCCUACACUCAGCCUCUCAGCUCUGACACCCGGAAAGCAAAGUGAUGAUACAUUUGUGUUGUGCAAGGCACAAAUGUACAGAAGUAUUGAUGAGAGCUUCUAGUGAUGGUUUAUUGUCACUGUCAGAGGCACAGAGGAUACUUAGCUGUUUGGACGAACCUUUUAAAGAACCAGGCUGCCUUCCCCAUAUCCGUGACUCCUUCAAUGGCUGCCGAUGACUACAACCCUGUCUCCCUCCGACACAAAUCCAAGAAGAAGAGCCGAGGAGGCAAUGGUACGAUGAGCAGAAGACGGAUCUCGGUCAAAGAGCUCGGCCAGCCAGACCACCAGGGCUGGCUGUACAGGAAGAAAGAAAGCAAAGGCUUUCUGGGUAUGAAAUGGAAGAAGUACUGGUUUGUGCUGAAGAAGACUGCUCUUUACUGGUAUACCAACCAGCUGGCAGAAAAAGCUGAAGGCUACAUCGACCUCACAAACUUCAUCAUCGACAGAGCCAUCGAGUGCAAGAAGAAAUAUGCAUUCAAAGCUUGUCACCCGCAAGUUAUGAUGUUUUAUUUUGCUGCCGAGAGCUACGAGGACAUGAACUUGUGGGUGAAUAAGCUUGGGCUAGCCUCCAUUCAGUAUGAACAAACAGAAGUAAACGCUUCAGCUGAGUGUUAUAGUGAAGCCAGUGAUCACGAAGAAGCUGAAACCACAGAGAUACCCCCUCCACCGUACUCUGAACAGACCCUGCGGGACUCCUCGAAUGCCUCCGGUCCACCUGGUAGCACACAUCAGGGUACCCUUCCUCCCCCUUACUCCUCUGCAGUCCCCAGCGAAGCUAACGGUUCGCUCUCCUCACCUGUCAGUACGAUGACGUCUCAGAGCUCCGCCUCUUCGCUCACCAAGCAAAGACAGUCCUGGUUGGACCUCGUCUCGCAGGCAUCUCCUGCUGCUGUGGAAACAGCAGUGGUGUGCUCAGCCCAGGUCCACUCGCAUCAGCCUCCACAAAAGGAGACGGCAGAGGAAACAAGGCUAGAGAACUUGGCCACCCGGGACUCCUCGGACACUGAAUCUAAUGAGGAAACGCCUUCAGCUGAGGGGGAAGAUCAGAGGGAAGUUUUAAGGACGCAAAAUAAAGGCAAUCAUGAGAACAGCUCCGAUGAGAUGGAGAAGCUGUAUAUUCAUCUGAAGGAGGCCAGUCUGUCGCCGAUAGGAGAACGUAAACCAUCCACGAAAAAGGAAUUUAGGACCUCCUUUGUAAGACGCUGCAAAAACCAGGCUGUCAAUGACAAGCUGCACCUUAUCAGGACACUCAACAGCACAUUAAAGGCAAAAGAGGCGGACUUGCAGGCAAUAGAACAGAUCCUGUCGAACCCGGAGCUUACCUCAGACAAGUUCAGAGAGUGGAAGGAGGCCAACGGACCUUUGGUGCAGGAGAUCUGUGUCACACACAUCCAGCAGGUGGCGUCAGAGGCCGCAAAGGCUGAAGCGUCGGUCAUAGCCGCUCCUGUGGUAGAGACCAGUUUAUAAAGACUCUUCAUGACUUUUUAUGGUGUUCGGACUCUGAGGACCUCACAGUCACAUACUUCAAAUACACACACACUCUCACACACACACACACACAUACACACACACACACACACACACACACACACACACACACUGGUGUUGGUUAUUCACUUGAGAACUCUGUUUAUAUUCAAGUUCUUUUCAACUAGUAGCUGGAUGAAUGAACUGUUGUUUUUAGUUCCAUGUGGAGACGGUGUAUGAUAAGCAGCACACAUUAAAAUGUGAAAUGUGUCGUAGUAUUAUUUUUAUUGUUUAAUUUGUAGGUUUAGCAAUUUUUACAGCUGUUUGUUUUUAUGAUUUUAUGAACCUAUGCAUAAACUGUAUAUUUGGAACGGAGUGCAUGGAAAUAAUGUCUCUGUUGUUCUCUGCAUGGAAACACUUUGAAUUUAUCUGUAGUGAAUUUUAUUGUUUUUAAACUAUUCGCAGUCAGUUAUUGGUGCCAUGCACCUUCAGUGCCUGUUACACAUGUGUUACAGAAGCUUUUUCAAUAAUGUGUGUAUGUCGUUGCCCUAGAAAUACUAUAUUCAUGCUUAUUAGGAAGACUUUGCUGACUGAACACUAGGGCCUGCACUAACAGAAUAAAUGUUGGUCUCAAAUCAGAAUUUCUUCUUCUUUAAUACUCAAAAGUGUCAAAUUCAUGUGACUGUAAUGUAAUUUACUGCUGAAAUGUAGCGAUCGCCUCAUUUUUUGUGGAAGAUUUUUUUUAAUCUUCUAAAACAAAACAAACUUUUUAAAUUGUUUCAGCUACACUGAUUAUUUUUUGUCAUUUCUGCCCAUGAACAUUGACAUUAUGAGACAAAAUCUUGUCUAAAAUGUGACAGACUUUAUAACUGAUAACUUCUGUACAUACAGUAUAUUGAAGUAAAGUGGGGAUCAGACAGUAUUAAGGAUAACUCUCAGGAAAACUCUCCUGGAAUCAUACAAACAAGUCUGAAAGACCUGGUACAAGUUAGAUAAUUGGAUGGUUUUAAAUAAAUUCAGACAUUAUGUGACUGCACAGUAGGUUUGGACACCUCAGGUCGAACAGGAUUUUAAUAUAUGACAGGACCUACCAGAAUACAGAGGUAUUUCCCCCUUAUGUUUCAUCUGUUGUAUAAGUAAAAAAAUGUAAAUAAUUGUGAAGGGAUGUGUGAUGUUUGUUCUUAAUUCUGGAAUGAAAGUGUUUGUUUGUAUACAGGGAAAUAAAGUCAGA